GGGGACCGAGCGGUGAGCCAGCGGGGGAGGCUGACAUCACCAAGGCAGAAGCCCUUUAAACCCCUCACCCAGCCAGCGCCCCAUCCUGUCUGUCCAAGUCCAGACAGAGAGCGCUCACUCCUUCCAGCGAGUCCUGAGGAGCCCCUCUCUCCCCCAACAUGGCCAACAAGGGUCCUUCCUAUGGCAUGAGCCGUGAAGUGCAAUCCAAAAUUGAGAAGAAGUACGACGAGGAGCUGGAGGAGCGGCUGGUGGAGUGGAUCAUAGUGCAGUGUGGCCCUGACGUGGGUCGUCCAGACCGUGGGCGCCUGGGCUUCCAGGUCUGGCUGAAGAACGGCGUGAUUCUGAGCAAGCUGGUGAACAGUCUGUAUCCUGACGGCUCCAAGCCCGUGAAGGUGCCCGAGAACCCACCCUCCAUGGUCUUCAAGCAGAUGGAGCAGGUGGCUCAGUUCCUGAAGGCAGCUGAGGACUAUGGGGUCACCAAGACUGACAUGUUCCAGACUGUUGACCUCUUUGAAGGCAAAGACUUGGCAGCAGUGCAGAGGACCCUGAUGGCUCUGGGAAGCUUGGCAGUGACCAAGAACGAUGGGCAUUACCGUGGAGAUCCCAACUGGUUUAUGAAGAAAGCCCAGGAGCAUAAGAGGGAAUUCACAGAGAGCCAACUGCAGGAGGGAAAGCAUGUCAUUGGCCUACAGAUGGGCAGCAACAGAGGGGCCUCGCAGGCUGGCAUGACAGGCUACGGACGACCUCGGCAGAUCAUCAGUUAGAGGGGGAGGGCCAGCCCCCAGCCCUGCCCUUCCCCAGCUCAUUGGCCGCAGCCAUCCCGCCUUGCCUGCCUCACCCACACCUGUGUAGUUCCUUCAGCCCUGGCCAAGCUUCGAGGCUCCGUCACUGAGCAAAGAUGACUGCACUUGGGCAGCUCUUUCCACCCCUCAGCCUCAGCCCAACUUCUUACCCCAAAGCACCGCUCGCCUGACCCUCCUCCCAGCUCCCCCCCACCUCUACUGUCUCUGCAUCCUGGGCUGAGCAGGGGGAACGUGGGCUGGGGGUGGCCUGGGAGUGGGGCAAGUCCACUGUCCUCCUUGGCAGCAGAUGCCCAUUGAAGGAGACCCAGCCCAACAUCCCCCUACUUUUUGCUGGAAUAUUUUGGGGGUUGAAAUUCAAAAAAGAAAAAAAUAUAUACAUCAGUCUUUUCUCAG